GUACGAAGUAAAAGAAGACACAUACUUUUUUUAAUUAAUUUGUAGUUAUGUUUAAUGUUGUGGAACAUCUGUGAAACAGGUUUAGUUAUUGUUAUCAAUUCCAUUAUGACAGCUAUAACACUGGAUAACAAUUUUUUUUUUUGUACAAAAGAAUUGCCAACAGAAAUUUUUGCUGAUCAUGACAGAGCUUUAUAAACUGAAAACAAAUAUAAUUUCAGUUAUAAUUUCUAAAAUUUCUAAUAUUCACACAUAUGAAUAUGGAGAAACACAAAUUUGACUUUUAUUGAAUGAAUGUUUAAUCAUUUGAUAGUGCUAACACACUGAAAUAGUUGUUGCUGAUUUUCACUUGUACUUAGCAUCUGGUGCUUCUCAUUGAAGUGUACAACAAUAAUCUGCCAACAUUUUAAGAUUCCAGUUUCACUGCUGCUGUUUCACUGCAAUGUCUUGAGAUCUUUCACCAGGUUCAUCCUCACCAGGAUUUGCACAGAAGAAGUCUAAAUGUGUCUGAACAUGUCUGGAAAACACUUCUUUACUUGCAUUGUGGGCAACAUUGAAAUUAAGGAUUGAAAACACAAAACAUUUUUUUAAUGGUAUGUGACAGGAAAAUUUCAAGGUGAUUUUAGAGCUCAGCAGCUCAAAAUCCAUAAGAUACUCCCAAAAUGUUUCAGGUAGCAAAAUAUUUGUUGUCUGGCCAAUCCUGAGGUCCUGAGGUCACCCAACAUGCCAAUAGUGAGUGAUAUGUUGAGGUCCAGCAGGCUCAGCUUCCUUACCAGUCUCUGUGGGAUAAUUGUGAAUUGUCAAUGAACAACUUUCUCACAUAAUUGUCUUCUAAGUGGAACAUGCUUUCGAUCGAAUGCUGAACCGAUCUGGACAAUGAUGUAGGAAUGCUAGAUCAGUAAUUACCUAUUUGUGAAGAACUCUUUGGACUAUAAAGAUCAUUCUUUUGCAGCUAUAAUAAUGAUAUUAAUCAGUAAUUGCGAUGUUGAAGCUGUUUGUGAAGAGAUUGGACUCCUGAGCACACUCAGACUUCCCCACAAUCAAAGGCUAACUAUACCAUGGGGUUUGACACCGCUAACAACCAAAUGCCGUGGCAUGGCUGAAAGCAAACAGGUGAUAGAUUACAAUCACUGAGCUGUAAUCCUCUUAGCUCCGUAAGAAGACUGUGUUCUCCCAGCUGUACGGAACUACGUUUGUCUAAUCCUGUAGUAGAGAAGUUUCCUUACAGCACUACAGCAUGGAGGAGUUCCUGAUUCCCGAGGAUGCUCGCUCUGAGCACAGCUUCUUCUCUCCGAUCGGCUCAGGGAAAAACAGACUGGACAGUGUAAAGAACUUGCUGCUAUACAUCAGGGACUAUGUGAAGCGAAAUGGGCUGCUGACACUGUCUGUGCUCGGAGUGUUUACAGGAUGCAUCCUUGGCUACACACUCAGGGGAUGUGAACUCUCCACGCAGGCAAAGAUUUAUCUGUCAUUCCCUGGUGAACUCCUUAUGAGAAUGCUAAAAAUGCUCAUUCUGCCCCUGAUCACCUCAAGUUUAAUGUCAGGUCUGUCAUCGAUGGAAUCCAAGGCUUGUUGUCAUAUGGGCUUGCUAACUGUGACCUAUUACCUGUGGACCACCUUCAUUGCUGUGGUGGUUGGCAUUGUACUGGUGGUGAUCAUCAAACCAGGCUUUGCAACAGACAUGGAGAGCACCAGGCUGGGAGGAGGACCGGUGAUGACCUCAGCAGACGCUCUGCUCGACCUUGUCAGGAACAUGAUUCCUUCAAAUCUCAUAGAGGCCACAUUUCAGCAGUACAAGACAGAUCUUAUUCCUGUUCUUAAAACACAAGACAGCAACAAGCAGCACAACUUUGUUUACCUGAUGCCAGAUGAGGAUCAUCCUAAAGGUCACACAGUGUUACUUGAUCUCACUCCACCUCCUGAUAUCCACUACAAGAUAUAUCCUGGAAGCAGCCACCAAAUGAACGUUCUGGGGAUCGUCAUCUUCUCAGCCACUAUGGGGCUUCUGCUUGGCAAAAUGGGUGAGCGAGGUGCGCCUUUAAUCAACGUCUGCCAGUGCAUCAAUGAGUGUGUCAUGAAGAUGAUCAAUGCAGCGGUGUGGUAUUUCCCCUUUGGGAUCAUCUUUCUGGUGGCUGCGAAGAUCCUGGACAUGAGUGACCUCUCCACUCUGGGGAAGAAGCUAGGCUGGUACGCAGUGACCGUUCUGGCUGGGCUGUUCGUCCAUGGCUUCAUUCUUCUUCCUCUAUUUUAUUUCCUCUUAACACGCAAGAACCCCUUCAUGUACAUCAGAGGACUGCUGCAAGCUAUGGUCAUUGCCUUAGCCACAUCCUCAAGUUCUGCCACGCUGCCCAUUACAAUGAAGUGCUUGCUGGAGAACUGUCAAGUAGAAAGACAGAUUGCACGCUUUGUCUUACCCGUGGGUGCCACCAUCAACAUGGACGGCACUGCUCUCUAUGAAGCGGUGGCAGCCAUCUUCAUCGCUCAGGUCAACGAGUACGAGCUUGAUUUUGGACAGAUGGUGACAAUAAGCAUAACGGCCACUGCUGCAAGCAUUGGUGCUGCAGGCAUCCCUCAGGCUGGCCUCGUAACCAUGGUGAUAGUGCUGACAUCUGUAGGAUUGCCACCAGAUGACGUCACACUGAUUGUGGCCAUCGACUGGAUUCUGGAUCGAUUUCGAACAAUGAUUAAUGUACUAGGAGACUCCCUGGCUGCAGGAAUCAUCGGCCAUUUGUGUCGGAAAAAUUUUGCCCCUGAUAAAAGGGGAUCAGCCAGUGGAUCAUGUCGGAAUACAAAUCAUGGCCGAAACAUGGAGAAUGUUCAUUUGACUGAGGUGCCGCUGCUUGCAGGAAAAGACUGCAUGUAUGAGGUGGUUGGAGAUACGGUUAUUGAGCGACCCACUGUCUACUACAACAUCUGUCAAGUUUAACCUCGCAAGUGCCUUACAACCACCACAUUUUGGAGACAAGUCUCUACAUGUGUGACUCUGCUGGUAGUUAAAUGACCAAGCAGAUCAAAUAUUCAACAAUUAUUCCUGUGAUUGUGUUCUUUAAAAAAAGAAAAGAAUGUUGCAUGCAAAGAACGAAAGGCCCUACUGCAUAAAUGCUGGCAUCACACACUUUACAAGAGUGAUGUCCGUAUCAGCAGGUAGCAGAGAAAAGAUGCAUUACAUGUAUUGCCUUAAAAUAGACUAAAAGUAAACUGACUACAUUUUGUGACAAAAGUCAUUUUUUGUAUGUACUGUCUAAGAUUUCCAGACUUAUGUCUGUUACAUAAUGUUUCUGUAGAACGCCUGUAGUAAUUAUGAGCGAUUUGCACAGAGAUAGAAGUGUCUUUAUGAUGUACGCAUCAUCGUCACACUAAAAAUAUGCAUACUACAUCCAUGCAAAUUAUGUAUACCUCACUUUAAUACGAACAGCUUGUUUAUUACAAGUGCUUGUUGUAUGGCUUGUUACCACGCAAGUUGAGACUGAUUGUUAGUAGGUGACGUUCCCAUAGCAUGUACACUCACCAGCCACUUUACACAGGUUCCCAACUCAGAACAACACAGGAACACCUGCUCAUUCAUGUAGUUAUCCACUCAGCCAAUCAUGUAGCGCAAUGAAUAAGAUCAUGCAGGUCAAGAGCAGUUAAUGUUCAUAUCAAACACUAGAAAGACCUCAGUGACUUUGACCAUGGCAUGUAAGUUGGUGCCAGAUGGGCCUGCUUAUUUCAGAAACUGCUGAUCCCUUGGGAUUUUUCAUGCACAACCAUCUUUAGCGUUUGGUGCGAAAAACAAAAAACAUCCAGUGAGCAGCAGUUCUGUAGGUGGAAACGGCUUGGUGAUGAACGGUCAGAGGAGAAUGGCCAGACUGGUUCAAACUGACAGCAAUGCUACGGGAACUCAAAUAACCACUCUUUACAAGCGUGGUGGACAGAAAAGCAUCUCAGAUUACAUAACACAUCGAACCUUGAGGCUGUUGGGCUACAGCAGAAGACCACAUCGAGUUCUGCUCCAGAAUCUGAGGCUAUAGUUUGUGUGGGCUCACUGAAACUGGGCGGGUAAAGAUUGGAAUGACAAGCAAAUUUUUUCCAGUCUUCAACUAGCCAGUUUUGUAACUUGACCUGUAUCUACAUGAUUGGCUGAUUUGAUAAUUGUAUGAAUGUGCACGUUUCUUAGAAAGUGGAUGGUGAGUGUAUGUAAGUUGGAUCUGUGCUAGGAACACAAUGCCUAAAGCUCCCAGCACCAUCACCUCUGUGACACAUUCUUUUACACUAGAGGUCAUCAAUCUUAUCCAGAAAGGGCUGGAAUGUCUGCAGCCUUCUGUUCCAAGCACGCAGGACACAGCACACACCUGAUAAUGACUGAGCACAAAGAUAAACUGUGUGAACAGGUGGAAUCAGGUGUGGCUUCUGAUCGGAAUAGCUGGAAUGAAAAGCUGCAGCUACAGUGGCUGAGGAUUAUUCAGAUAGGAUUGCAGACCUCUGUUUUACACAUUCUUCAACUUCUGAGUUUUAAGCUUGGCCAAUACCUCAUUUCAGCAAGAGACAAUAGGGAGAAAAACACUUUCUAGAUCGUCUCUACUGAAAAAAAAGCACAAAACCACUUUCCCCAAUGGAAUUUUUACCAAUGUCAAUUCAGACUGGGAUAUAGUACACUGGCUUGGUCUUUCUGUACUGGUCAUUUUAUAGAAGGUGAAAAAAGGGCAUAAUCUUUCCAGAUGCUUGCAUGUGCAAUCUGUAAAAUCUUCUCGGAAGAUUUUUUUUAAAAAUACAUUUCCAUUACUAUUACUGUACAGGGUGUCCCAAAAGCCUCCAGACGUAGGAGAAAUUAACAGUUUUUAGCAAAAUAAACCUUAUUUACAAAACAUCCACUACAUGAUUGCCAUUUCUUUGUGUACACACACACACACACACACACACACACACACACACAGAGUCAUCGCUCCCACUCAUGAUGAACUUGUGUUAACACAUCUGGUGUUAAGCAUGUAACUGCAUGUCCACUGCAACCUUGCGACAGCCAUUAGAAUGUUUUUAAUACGUUCUUCUUUUGUCAAAGGCUUCAAGACUAGGGUUAGGGAAAAAAAUAAGAAAAAAAAUAUAAACCAAGUAUGAAAAAUUUUGGAAGACAUUUUGCUAAAAAGUAUUAAUUCCCCUAUGUAUGAAGACUUUUGGGACACUCUGUAUUUCAUUCAUGUGCAACAAUGAAAUUUUCAUUAAUAAAAUACACUACUGGGACAGACAGUGGGCAACAAGCAUGAGCUGCAGAUUUAAUCAAAUGGAAAGCAAGUAACAAGAGCUAAUGCCUAAUUAGAUAGACUUGUUUAGCCUUAAGUUUCUAACCCACCAUUACUGACACUUUAACCAUUCAAUGAUGUAGUUACACAAACACUGCGAAAGACUGCAAAGGGUGGGUUAGUAAUUUACAACAAAACAAUGGUGUUUAUUUGUAGAUACAUAAAAGAUCCAUACCACAAGAGCUCAGAGCAUACUUCUGAUGAAGUAGACAGAUGUGAAACACAUGUGCUGCAUGAUGUCAAAGCUAUAGCUAAGGAACAUCAGAUGAACAUGCAUAUGAUGAAGGAAAAAAAAAGAAAAAAGAAA